GUUGGCCGGCGAGCCUCCGAGGCCGGCCGUCUAGUCCGCCUUCCCCGGCGCGGAUUGGCCCGCUACGGGACCCGUCGGUCGCGGUUGUGUCUGGGAAGGAGAGAAAAUGGCGGCGGAACCGAGCAAGACCGAAAUCCAGACUCUUUUUAAGAGGCUUCGCGCAAUUCCCACCAACAAGGCCUGUUUCGACUGCGGCGCCAAGAAUCCGAGCUGGGCCAGCAUCACGUAUGGUGUUUUCUUGUGCAUUGACUGCUGCGGGGUCCACCGCUCCCUGGGCGUCCAUCUCAGCUUCAUCAGGUCCACAGAGCUGGAUUCCAACUGGAGCUGGUUCCAGCUGAGGUGUAUGCAGGUCGGCGGGAAUGCCAACGCGACAGCCUUUUUCCGCCAGCACGGCUGCACAGCCAGUGAUGCCAACAGCAAAUACAACAGCCGAGCAGCCCAGAUGUACCGGGAGAAGAUCCGGCAGCUGGGGAGCGCGGCCCUGGCCCGGCAUGGCACUGACCUCUGGAUAGACAACGUGAGCAGUGCUCCUGGCCACUCCCCAGAGAAGAAGGACUCGGAUUUCUUUACGGAGCACACUCAGCCCCCUGCCUGGGAUGUGCCAGCCGCUGAGCCUGCAGGGAUCCAGCAGCCAGCCCCGUCCACAGAGAGCAGUGGCCUGGCCCAGCCGGAGCAGGGCCCCAACACUGACCUGCUUGGCACCUCGCCCAAGGCACCUCUGGAGUCCAUGUAUCUGUCAGCUAAGGGGGCCCUUCCUGCCAGAGAACUGAAAAGCUCCAUCAUUGGGAAGAAGAAGCCAGCAGCAGCUAAGAAAGGGCUGGGUGCUAAGAAAGGCCUGGGGGCCCAGAAGGUGAGCAGCCAGAGCUUCAGCGAGAUCGAGCGGCAGGCCCAGGUGGCAGAGAAGCUCCGUGAGCAGCAGGUGGCGGAUGCAAAGAAGCAGGCCGAGGAGUCCAUGGUCGCCUCCAUGCGUCUGGCCUACCAGGAGCUCCAGCUUGAUAGGAAGAAGGAGGAGAAGCAGCUCCAGAAUCUGGAGGGGAAGAAGCGAGAGCAGGCGGAGCGGCUGGGCAUGGGCUUGGUGAGCCGGAGCUCCGUGUCGCACUCGGUGCUGUCCGAGAUGCAGGUGAUCGAGCAGGAGACCCCAGUGACCGCCAAGUCCUCCCGCUCGCAACUGGACCUGUUUGACGACGUUGGGACGUUCGCCUCUGGACCCCCAAAGUACAAGGACAACCCCUUUUCCUUGGGGGAAAGUUUUGGUUCGCGCUGGGAUACGGAUACCACCUGGGGCAUGGACAGGGUAGAGGAGAAGGAGCCAGAAGUGACCAUCUCGAGCAUCCGGCCCAUUUCGGAAAGAGCCACAAACCGGAGGGACGUGGAGAGCCGGAGCUCGGGCGUCGAGUCCAGCGAAGCACGCCAGAAGUUUGCAGGUGCAAAAGCCAUCUCAUCUGACAUGUUCUUUGGGCGGGAGGUGGACGUUGAGUACGAAGCCAGGUCCCGGCUGCAGCAGCUCGCGGGCAGCAGCGCCAUCAGCUCUUCAGACCUCUUUGGGGACGUGGAUGGAGCCCAUGGAACAGGAAGCGUGUCUCUGGGCAACGUGCUCCCCUCGGCGGACAUCGCCCAGUUUAAGCAGGGUGUCAAGUCUGUGGCCGGGAAGAUGGCUGUGCUGGCCAAUGGCGUGAUGAAUUCUUUGCAGGAUCGCUACGGUUCCUACUGAUAGCCCCGUGGCUCGGGCAUCGCUGGGGACAGCAGCAAGAAACCCAUGGUUCUCAGGGCAUGGGUGCCUCCUGUGGAAGCUGGGUGGCUUGGUUACCUAAGUGUGUGCUGUGCAAGGGGGGCGGCCCUGGAGGACCCUGGCGGGGGGCUCCUGUGGAUUGAGCCCCUCCCCUGUGUGCCCUCAGCCUCUCCUCUGUGCAGUGUCCUUCCAGUCCUUCCCCCAGAGCUGCUGCUCACUUGUUCUGCACACUGGAGGGAUUUCGCUCGGGGUGGGAGGCCCAGCCUUUCCCCACGCAGGGGAACACCUUCUGCUGGCUCCAGGAUCCUUCUAGGUGGUCUGAGGGCUCGGGCCUCUGCCUCUGGCACCAGGGAGAGGCCCAGCAAGAGGGGAGCUGCCGACAGCCCCCCGGGGAGGGGGUUCUGGGCUUGCUGCUGCCUCUGCUGCUGCUGCCGGUGCCUCUUCUGGGUAUCAGGAGAGGGCAGGGGAGAGGAAGGACCUUGGUCUGGGCCUUACUAAGGGCUAGAACCUUCACCUGGUACCUAAAGGUUUCAUUUGGGACCAGGCCCGAGUGAUCCCAUGUCCCCUUCCCCCUCCUCCCCUGUGACUGUAAUUGCUUGGAGAACUUUCUGGGCCUCUCUCAGGCCUGGCACACCAUCUGCUGUGGGCCGUGGGCCCUCCGUUUCCUGAGACGUUUGGCCCUUCCCCUGGCCCGUGGCCGCAGUGGGUCCCAUCUGGCCUGUGUCCUGACUCUGGAUGCUGUGAACCUCACGCCGGCCAAGGAAGCAGAAGACAUGAGGGAGAGAAGCAGGCUCAGAGGGACCUGGGCUGCACGCAGGCCUCUCCGGCAGCUGGGCCAUGCACUGUGUCAUCUCUGGUGCCAUCCUCCCCUGCCAUGCUGGCAGUCUGGCCCCUCUGCCACCUCUGGGUUGCAGGUUGGGCUCCAAGCAACACAGACCACUCCCUCUGCGCUCGCCCAGAGCGACAGGACUCUUUCUGGACUGUUUGUAUUGAAACAAAGUGGUGUCAAAAUAAAGCCCCCACGGGGCUGGGGCCCUGCCGCUC